AUGUCUUCCACAGGUGGAGGUAGGGCAUGGACUGAAGAAGAGGAAUCCUAUCUCAUACGGACUCGCAUGCAUAAAAUGCCUUACAAGCACAUUGCUGCCCACUUACACAAGACUGAACUUGCUUGCCGCCUCCACUAUCAUCAGAUGUCAUAUGGUAGCAACCGGCGCAGACGCACAGACUCUGUGUCGUCUGUCAAUUCGAUCUCGCCGCUGUCCACGACACAGGAAUGCCCCCUUGAAGAUAAACCCUCUGUUGAGAUGUGCAACUUGAUAUCUCCCCCAAGCCCCCAAUCAAUCCAUUCUCGAUCAUCCUCUGUAGCCGAUUCUCCUCAACAAUAUCGAUCUCACGUUCCAAUACUCCCAAAACCAAAAACCUCCACACUCCAUUCCAUACAAUCAACACCCGCAAACCUAAACAGCUCCCUUCGGUUGGAUACCUCCUUUUUCCAAAGCCACGACCACCAUGAGGACAUCGAUACCAUCAGACUUCGCCAGCUUUAUAACACCUACCGCGAUUCCUUCUGGUCAUUAAUUGCGUCAGAUUACUCGAAAAGUCCCAGCUUCCCCGCAGCUAAACUUGAAGAAGCAUUCUUCCUCUCAAUAUUCCAUUCAUAUGCAAGUUGCGCAGCGCGGCCUCCCACUCCUGUGUUUAGCCCCAAGGACGCAACUCGCGGGCUACAGAGGGCAGUGGACAAUGCUCUUGUUACUUCCCCUGAUGGUGGAUUCCAAGCCAUCAACGGGCCAGGCUCAUCGGCUGUUGCAGAGCUGAACAACCCCGUCAAUGGCCGAAGUCCAGUCGAGAAAUGCGCUGUGGCUUCAUUGCUAACCGUUGAAAGAGAUGUUUGGGCCCCGAAGGUAGUCGCAAGACCGUGA